UAGAGCCUACCAGCUCCCUAGCCCUCGGCCUUGCCUGUCACAGCCUGACUGGGGACACCAUGCAGGACUGCUCUUGGGCGUCCCAGCCAGAGACCCCCCUCCCCAGACCUUUCUGAGAGCCAGGGCUCCUAGGCCACCAGGUACCUCCCCCUGCUGUCCCUUCCCCAUUGCCGGCUGACUGGGUGACCUUGUGCCUGUGCUGUCUUCUCCCCAGGUGACCAGGCAUUGAUGCACCCCCAGGAAGGCCACGCGCUCAAGGAGGCCACCCCCGCCGGCUGCUGCUCACAUGGUUUCUGGGCCCCUGGCACUCCGGUGGUGCGCGUGGGCAGGGCGUGGGGACAUGGGGCCCGACAUGGAGCUGCCCAGCCACUCGAAGCAGCUCCUGCUGCAGCUGAACCAGCAGAGGACCAAGGGCUUCCUGUGUGACGUCAUCAUCAUGGUGGAGAACUCCAUCUUCCGGGCCCACAAGAACGUCCUGGCCGCCAGCAGCAUCUACUUCAAGUCCCUGGUCCUGCACGACAACCUCAUCAGCCUGGACACGGACAUGGUCAGCUCCACGGUGUUCCAGCAGAUCCUAGACUUCAUCUACACGGGCAAGCUGCUGCCCAGCGACCGGGCCGGCAAACCCUUCGGCUCUGGACGGAUGGGGGCCGCCGGCAUGGGAAGGCCCCCACGCAGCCAGCGGCUGACCACGGCCUCCGUCAUCCAGGCUCGGUAUUCUGGGCUCAUGGAUGGGCGCAAGGGGGCUCACGCCCCCCAGGAACUCCCCCAGCCCAAAAGCUCCGACGAUGAGCUCUUCCUCGGCAGCUCUAACCAGGAGGGCGUGCACGGCCUGGGCCGGGCCGUCUGCCCCGCCGGCGGAGAGAUGGGCCUGGGCGGCUGCAGCAGCAGCACCAACGGGAGCAGCGGGGGCUGCGAACAGGAGCUGGGCCUGGACCUGUCCAAGAAGAGUCCCCCCCUGCCUCCCACAACGCCCGGCCCCCACCUCACCCCUGAAGACCCAGCCCAGCUGAGCGACAGUCAGCACGGCUCGCCCCCCACCGCCUCCGCCCUACCCGCUGCCCACAGUGCCUCUUAUGCCGAGCUGGCUCCUCCCGCAAGAAGGAGUGGGGCAAGAAGGAGCCUGCGGGCUCCCCCUUCGAGCGGAGAGAAGCAGGCCCCAAGGGCCCCUGCCCUGGGGAGGAGGGCGAGGGGCUCGGGGACAGGGUUCCCAAUGGCAUCUUGGCUAGUGGUGGCGGCGGCGGCCCCAGUGGGCCAUAUGGGGAGCCCCCAUACUCCUGCAAGGAGGAGGAGGAGAACGGCAAGGAGGGGAGCGAGGACAGUGGGCAGAGCGGGAGCGAGGGGGGCAGCGGCCACGCCGGCGCCCACUACAUGUACCGGCAGGAGGGCUACGAGACCGUGUCGUACGGGGACAACCUCUACGUGUGCAUCCCCUGCGCCAAGGGCUUCCCCAGCUCCGAGCAGCUCAACGCGCACGUGGAGACGCACACGGAGGAGGAGCUGUUCAUCAAGGAGGAGGGGGCCUACGAGACGGGCAGCGGGGGUGCCGAGGAGGCCGAGGACCUGUCGGCACCCGCCGCCUACGCCACCGAGCCCCGGCCCUUCAAGUGCUCCGUCUGCGAGAAGACCUACAAGGACCCCGCCACCCUGCGGCAGCACGAGAAGACGCACUGGCUGACGCGGCCCUUCCCCUGCAACAUCUGCGGCAAGAUGUUCACGCAGCGCGGCACCAUGACGCGCCACAUGCGCAGCCACCUGGGCCUGAAGCCCUUCGCCUGCGACGAGUGCGGCAUGCGCUUCACCCGCCAGUACCGCCUCACCGAGCACAUGCGCGUGCACUCGGGCGAGAAGCCCUACGAGUGCCAGCUGUGCGGGGGCAAGUUCACGCAGCAGCGCAACCUCAUCAGCCACCUGCGCAUGCACACCUCCCCCUCCUAGAAGCCAAAGACGCGCGCCCCGCGGCCCCCCUGGGAGCCGCGGAACCAGCCAGGAGGCCGCGGCCAGGCCGGGACCCGCGGUCCCAGCCUCCUCACACCCAGAGCUUUAAUCCAGUCCGUACCAAGGGAAGCCGAGAGGAGGGAGCCAGCGGCCCCGGCUCCGUGUGCACGCGUGUCGCUGGUGGCGUCUACCUCCCCAGCUCCCCGCCAGGGCCUCCGCAGGGCCUGUGGGGGUGGGUGGGGGUCUCGCUGGGACCUGGUCCCGUUCAGUAGGCCAGGGUGGAGAAGGGGCCCUGUGCUGGUGAGAGGCGGGGCUGCCUGCCUGCCCCCGGCCGUGUGAUGGCAUGGCGCGACCGGGCAGGGCCGUGUCCAUGCGUGCACGUGUGCUAGUGUGUGUGGGUACGGGCGAUCUUGGCUCUGCGGGGAGCAGGUGCUGGGGACGGUAGAUCCCCCUCUUUGAGCCAGGGCGGCACUGCUCAUGGGCGCUGGGACAGUCAGGGUGACCCCACCGCCUACCUCUCUACAACUAAAGAGCCCUCCGGGCCUAUGUUGCUGUUAUUCCUACUGAUCUUUCCCCCCCACUUUUGAAUUUUUUUUUUUUUUAAACCAAAACAAACAAGAGUUUAUUUUCUUCCUGGCCCCUCUGGGGCUGAGCCUGGGUCUGCGGACUGAAUGUAACAGGGGCGGCCGCCCCUUCCUCCCGUGCCCCCAGCCCUGGCCCUGUGGGGCACGUUGGGGAACCCACCUCUCCAGGCCCCAGAAGCCCUUCUUGCCCAAAGGCUUCCCUGGUCCCCGAGCCCUGCCUCGGCUGCCUCAGGAGAGAGAGAGAGCUUUUCCUAUAGUUUCCACGGAAUAUUCUUUGUUUAGAGGUACUUGUUUUUUAUUACGAGAAAAACCAGUGUAACGUUUAUGUGACUGAACUGGAAGGUCGGGGUUCCGGGGGGUGGGGGGAGGCUGGGCUUGAGGCCAGGGCCGUCGGUACUCUCGUUUUGCAUUUUCUCUGUGUGUACAUGAGUGCGUGUGUGUGUGUGUGCGCGCGCGUGCACGUGCACCGUGUGUGCGCGUGGACAGAUGUUUUCGCUUUUCCUUCCUCCCUCCCUGGACAAGGUGGGGAGGCUUCUGACCUUUUGCUACCUCUUGAAUCCGUGACAGCGCGUUGGUGACUGGCAGUGGAGGCUUCCCUCCCGUGAGCGCACGUGU